AUGCACCCUGAAAAUACUCCUGCAGAAAAACUGAUAGUUCUCGAUGCAUCGGGGCGUUACGAAGCCGCACUGUUCUCCGGCAAUCGAUUCUGGUUGGGCUCUAAAGAACAAUGUUUGCGUUUGGACAAAGAGGCGGCUGAAAAUAAUUCAUCUACUGAUGGAAAUACAAAGCUUUUUAAUGAUGCACAUGAAUGGAAAUGGGUGUUUCAUGAAGAGACGACCGCCCAAGGAGCUGUGGUAGCAGACCUGUGGCCACCAUAUCGGCUUUCCUAUUCCACUGUUCAGGUCUUUUUGAAUAUUACAAAAACCAAUAUGGUCAAGUCUUACAACAUACUAGUGGGAAUAUGUUUCCCACGAUCGUGCUCGGCCCGGGAUAUCGCAUCCGUCAUCAACUUCUCCAUAAUGGUUAACGACAACAUCAGAACAAAUAAAACCACUUCUCGUGUAGCAAAAAUCACCAGCGUGAGACAUGUACCAGGAGAUUAUGACAUAGGAAGAGAUGAUGGGGCCAUAUUUCUAAUAUGUAUCACCGUUAUACUGGCCACUUUAGCUUUAGUAGCCACUGUUGUUGAUUUAGAUUGGAUUAAAUGCUUUCCUUACGGUAAACGUUCCAUGACAUUUGACUUGGAAAAAUACCACACUGAUACUAAAAAGAAUCUAGACAGAGAUAUAAAGCAUGAGAAUAUAGAUUUAAAGAACGAGGUAAAUAAAUUGAGAAUAGACAAUACAGAUAUGAAUUAUAUGGCGGUGGAAAGCAUGAUUAAAGGAGCUCCAGCGAUUACGGUAGACGUAACAAGCUUGGAUCGGUCAGCUUUUAGUUGUCGACGUUGCGGGAAGUAUCGAAAGCAGUGCACCAACGUGCAUCAGCAGAACAAUCUGCCACCCUGUCCCCGACUCCAGUACAACUCCAUAGCGAGUCUUAGUACAGAGACCGAAAAAAGAAACAUCUUCUGCCGUCUCCUUUUGUGCUUCUCAAUUCCUUACUGUUGGAAAAGAGUGUUUAAUACAAAUACCGCUACUAAAGAUUUGUCCUUGAUACACGGUAACGCUGCAGACGUAAAUGACUUCAAUAAUAUUUAUUAUAUCGUUGCUACCGGAACCAUAGCAUUCGAUACGUUAUUUUUCGUCAGUGGUUUAUUUAGCUCCCAUCACUUCUUCCACCUGAAGAGUCAGUACAGCGUGGAGGAGCUGGUGGGGUGGGAUGGCGCUUGCGGACAGUUACUACAAUUCAUCUGCUUCGUCACCAACAGAGUCAUCAGACUAGUUCCGUCAUACGCAUACGCAGUUCUUCUGUCGUCCAUAGUGGCUCGGUGGUCCAGAUCCGUCUCCACCUUGGCGCUACCGGACAAGGAUCACAGCAACUGCAAUGAUUACUGGUGGCGUAAUAUACUCUACGUGUCCAAUUUUUUCCCAGUAAAAGAACAGUGUAUGCAAAUCUCGUGGUAUCUGUCUACGGAGACACAAGUGCAUAUGUUAGGAGCUCUCCUGUGUGCGGCCAGCGUGUCGUCAAAAAUGCGCGCGCGCAUAUGCGUUACGAUCGCACUUAUCGCUGCGCUCUCGACUACUGUGUCUGAUGCAAACGCUGCUUAUUAUGAAUUUGGAAAACUCUUUUCUAGUGGUUUUGACCUGUAUACGACAAUAAUUGAACGGCCUUGGGCACGAGUGUCACCAUACAGUUUUGGAGUAUUUACUGGCUGGUUGGUGCACAUCCUGCAAGGCAAGCUAAAGGUUUCCAAGAUUACUUCGUCACUUCUAUGGAUAUCAUCAUUAUCAUUUAUAUUCGCAUCAAUAGCUGUGUCUAUGAUUGGCCUGCCGUGGCUGGCCGCCUGGCUCCACUUGUCGUGGCCUAUUGCUUUACUGUGGCCUGUUUUAAUGGGAACUACUAAUUUGGCUGUGGCUCUACUUCGCUGGAACGGCAAUAAUAACACUACUAGCAUCUCUGCUACUGUCUCUAUUAGUAGAGAUACCAUUUUGCAGUCUACUGAGAAGAAUUUCCAAUUGUGCUGCGUGACAUAUUUCAACACCACCGCGUGA